UCAACCAAUAAUGACGUGUUAAACGGUAGAAAUUUUAUAAAAGAAAACGAAACGUCAAACUUGUGAAUGUGUUUGUGUUAAAAUAAAUAUAAUUGUUAAACAUAAUAAAAGAAAAAACAACAACAAAAAAGCAAAUUAAAAUAUUCAAUUUACUUCAUUGUAUUUGAAUGAAAAAAAUAAAUAAAACGAGAAUAAUACAAAAAAAAUUAACAAGUGCUCAAGCACAUUUUAAUAUGAUCUUUAACAAAUACCAACAAAAAUACUAAUAAAUAAAUAAAUAACAUAAAGAUAUUAACAUAGUGUUAUUAAUGACUAGUUCAUUAUUAUUUUCAGUAUUAAGUAUUUGAAUCAUUUCAGUACGCAAUCAAAAUGUGUUAAAAUGUUAUUUGCAGCUUCAAAAAUAAUUAUGCUAAAAAUGCGUAUAUGUUCGGAUAUAUUGUAGCUAAAACAAAUGUAAUAAGAGAAAUCCAAAAUCCAAACAAUUACAAAAAGCCAAUACAACAAAUAAGAGAAUUUUCAAAAGUGAAUGAAUAAAGGUAAAUAACGAAAGAAGAAAGUCAGUCUCAAAGUGCAAACGCCAAUAAUUUAAUAGUGUUUUGGCUGGUAAUGGAGUAGUAGUUAUUAAAUACGACCCAGAAAACAACAAAAAAUAUUAAAUUGUAAUAAAGUGCAAAUCAAGUAAAUAGUUACUUUGAACUAGUGGAUUAUUAAAAUAUUUGUGGAUAACUAACUAACUAACUAUAGCAUAGAAAGAUCAGUUUUAUGUUAGAAACAAAUUACUAUAAACGAAAUAUGUACAAUAUUUUAUGAAAAUAAAAUCACAAAUGAAUUAAUAUCUUAUACAAAAUGAAUUCGAAUCAAGGAAAAUUCCGACCCACCAUAAGUGCCAUUGAUGAAGUUGAUGACCGAAAUUUAAAGUUAGAUGAUGCAAAACAACAAAUAGAAGGCAGUGAAACGGCGCCAUUAACGACAAAUCAAUUGAAAUUAAAUAUAGAUCAAAAUGUAGGUGUUGCCAAAGAUCUAGAAUCACAAAACGACCGGCAUGAUAAUGAUAUUCAAGCGGAGACACCAAUAUCUGGUGGUCCCGGAUCUGUCAAUGGCUUCAGAGCCUUUUUAAUUCCAGGUCGUAUGUCAUUCGAUGCCUUAAUGAGAUUAUCACGUAAAAGACGUAUUAUGUAUGUGACCACAGCAUGUUUGUGUGCUGUCCUCCUGAUUAUCAUCAUAAUGAUGAUUGCAUUUUGGCCCGAAGUGCCAUUUUAUCUUAAGGCUGAAUUAUGUUUAGAAAAGGAAUGUGUUCAUUCAAGUCAACAGAUCUUGCUGUGGUCGAAUACUUCUAAGAAUCCUUGUCACGAUACUUAUCAAUGGGCCUGUGGCAAUUUUGACAAAGAAUAUGCUGAAAACGAUUAUUAUGUAAUUAAGAAAGGGGAGUGGAAUUACAAGACUUACAACGAAUAUCAAGAAUUAAACGAAUUAAACCGUUUUAUAUCAAUGUUACCAACAUCGUCUGUGUCAUAUUCAGUAGAAUCCAUGGUAACAAGUUUAUAUCGGGCUUGUCGAGAAAUCGAUACAUUGGAUAAAUCACAAUCAGACUUGUUACUCAAGAAAGCUAUCAAUUCAGUGGAUGGUUGGCAAGCAUUUAGAGAUUCUAUUCGCCUACAAUAUUGGGAAUAUAAAAAGGCCUUGGUACAUUUACAGGCAACUUAUGGUAUAUUCCCAUAUUAUAAAGUUGCUGUUGAAAAUCGGUUCAACAAACCUCAUGACUAUAUCAUAACAUUGGACGAGGGAGAGAUUGGAUUACCCGAUAAAUAUUUCUAUAAUCGCGAUCAAAAUGAUGAGAUUGUUCGUGCCUACAUUCUUUUACUACGUGAUUUUGCCAUUAAUAUGGGCAUUGUCUCGGGGGAAGCAGAUCUUUUUGCCGAUGAAGUGUUUCAUUAUGAAAAAAGAAUUGUGAACCACAUUAAUCUAUUUAGAUCAUCAUCAGAGGAAAGAGUUUUAAAUGAAAUAAAAACCCUAGCUGAAAUGAAAACUAUUGCACCAUCGCUUCCCAUUUUGGAAACAUUACAAGCUAUGUUUCCUCAUACAAAAGUAACUGAGGAAACAGAAAUCUUGGUAAAAGAUGUUGAAUUUUUCCAUCAAAUAUCAACUGUUGUGGCUACGUCAGAUAAAAAACCAAUAAAUAAUUUCAUUAUUUGGUCAUUGGCCCGUAAUUUGUUGCCACAUUUGUCGAAAGAAUAUCGGAAUUUGGUAGAAACUUUUGAUCAUGCAAUAUAUGGACGCACGGCAACCUAUCCCAGAUGGAUGAUUUGUACUAAAAUCGUUAAACAGUGGUUACCAUUUGCAGUAGAUUCUUUGCAACAAACUAAGGAACUGGAAAAGUUCAGCACAACAUUAUCAAAUCAUAGAAGAUCAGCUUCCCUUAAUAAAACCAGUGAUAACGAUGAAUUUCUUAAACUCAUGUAUUAUAGUUUAAGAAAUCAGUUGCAACAGUCUGUUGAUGAAGCCAGUUGGAUAGAAAAAGAUAUUAAACAUUUUAUAAAUGAAAAGCUCACAACAAUGCGUUUACAGAUUGGUAUACCAGAAGAAGUAUUGACAAAUAAAAGUUACAUUAAGGAAUAUUACAAUGAUCUCUUACUAAACAAUCUAUUUUUUGUGGAACAUUUACAAUCUAUAUGGAGUUUCCGUAAAGCGCGAAUGGAAGAGAAGUUAAAGGCCUUAAAUAUCAUUGAUACAAUAAUUUCUGAGAUGUAUACUUACAAUGAGUCACCAUCUGUGGCCUAUUCCAAUAUGCUCAAUAUGCUGGUUAUAUCGCGGGGAAUUGCAUCUUCUAAAUACUAUGAUUAUCGUUAUCCCAUUGCUGUUAAUUUCGCACGCAUUGGUUCCGAUAUUUUGGAAGUUCUUAUCGAUAGCAUUUCAACGUUUGUCGAACAAUUUAAAGCUGACAGUACGAUUUCGUAUGGAACAAAUUUCAAUUUGGCCAAGGUUGAUGUGGCCUGUAUUACACAAGAUGAACAGGAUGUCGACGAUUUGAAAGAACUUUCUGAACAUGCCUUAAAAAGUUUUCACAUCACCUUAAGUUCAGCUAAAAUAACAGCAAAAGCUCUUAGUUCAUUUCUUAGUGCCAUCGAUAGUUCAUCUCCUAUAAUUGGGGCUUCAUUUGAUCAGGAGCAUACAUAUGACAGUCUAAGACUAACGGAACGCUUACGGCUGCCAGGCUUAAGGUCGUUCAACGAAAAUGAACUUUUCACUUUAGCUUAUAUGCAAAAACACUGUAGUACUUUAAUUGCUGAUAAAAAGGAUUAUGCACGCAUCAAACCCCAUGUGGAACAACAGUUAGCUGAAAGAUACUUAUUUAACGCCACUUGGAACCAUAUUCAGUUUUUACCACUCUCCACUAGCUGUUCUGUUCCAUCUGUACGAUGUUCAAAUAUUCUAUAAUUAAAUCUUAAAGCCCUCCAAACGUACUCUAAUCCAAAAGCAAAUACAUACAUACGUCUGUAAUAUUAUAAUGAAGGAACGACUCACUUGUCAGCACAUAGAUUCGAUCCGUUCUCUCCGCAUAGCUUAAGAUUAGGUUAAGUAUUUUAUUAAUUUCACAUAUCAACUUAAGACAUGUGAUUGUAACAUUUAAUCAAACGUCAAUUUGUUAACUAUUCCAUAGGUAUAGAGUAUACUUACGUAGAAUUCACAAUAAAAAAAAGUAAUUUAUUUGUAGCAUUUAUUACCUAGAAUAGAAUACUACACAACAUUUAAGAUUAAAUUUUUCCAGAAUAAACAAACGAUUAUAAUAAAUAAAA